AUGGCAGCCCGAGAGCGACGCGAGAAACUCCGCGCCGCGCAGCGCGAGAAGGCGGCGGCGCAGCUUGAGAGGCCUCCACGCCGACGAGUGGAGGAGACGACCGCAGAGGAUUCACCAGAGCCGCAGUCGUCCCCGAGGGUUGUUGAGGAAACAGGACCCGAGCCGGUGGAAACAGGUGCCGGGCCGGUUGGGAGCCGCGAGAGUGCUGCAGAAGAACUGCCUGCGCUCGAGGAGCCCGCGCAGCAGACGGAAGAUCGAGCAGAUCAGGAAGCAAAGACUGAGGUGGAGAGGGUGUCCUCGAAGCCCAGCGCCAAAGAACAGCCGGAGGCAAAGACUUCUCCGGUGGAAGCACGGUGGCAGAAGGACGAAGUCCUGGUAGAGACUUCAAAGCCUCAGGAGGAGUCACGAGUUGAAUCAGCCGACGUCGAGCCCAGCAUGCCGCCUAAGCCUGUUGUGGAAGAGGCAGCGAUAGCCGAUGAUGCGUCCCUCAACGUCCAAGACGAGGUGGAGGAUGCCACACAGCGCCGUGCGCGGCUGCGCUCCUCGCGGCGAUCUACGGUUUCAGUUCAGGCACUUCCACGGCGCGGCAGCCGAGCUUCAGAGAAUGCUCGGGAAGAUGCCGAUGCGUCUCAGCGCCGACGUGAAGACCUCAAGGAAGCGUUCGAAGCGAGUCAUCGAGCGCUGCAGAGGCUGACGGCGGAACUCUUCUUGGGUGUUCAAGUGGAUCACUUGACAGGGCGCAGCUUGCGCCUCAGCCCUUCUACUGCCCAACUUGAGGAUCUGCGGGCCGAGCAUCAUGAUGCCUUUCAUCGCAGGCUUCUGAAAAUUGCCACAGCCUGUGCCUUUGACAACAUGGCCGUGAUCGCGCAACAGCGGAGUGCGCAGCAGGAGACGCGGAAGGCGCAGUGGCGCACCUGCGAGGACUUCCGGCAAGAAGCUCGUGCUAAAGAAAUUCUUCAAAGGAGAGGGAGACUGGCAGCCACCCAUGCGCAGGAUGUUUCUUUAGGGUGUGCCGAUGAAGCCGGGGAGUUUGUUCACCAGCUCCAUGUCCUUGAGCAGGAGGUGAGUGCAGAGAAGCGCGCCGAGCUUGAGUCCUGCCAGACCGCUCUUCGUGAGGAAUGUAGGAGCCUGGCAGAGAGCGUUACAGCCUUUCGACUCCUCGCUGAGAGUUUAGCAGUGCCUUCAGCCGAUGGCACGGAGACCCCGCCGAGCCCUCUCACCGGCACCUGGUCGGAGCAGAAACUGGGGCUCGGACUCCGUGGCAACUUUGCAGCUGGCCGACUGGAGCGGUCAUUGGCCACCGCAGCGGGGCGAGAGGGGCCUUGGCCCCCGCAGCUGCCACUGGAAGAGCCGCUGGCGGAAAGGCUCCAAGCCGAAAAGGAGGCUUGGCGACAGGAGUUGGGCUCUGGGUCCGAAAGCUCUGAGCACGAGACAUCGGAGGAAGACGAGGAGUGGCCUGCGCGGGUGGCCGCGGCUAUGGCACUCCUCGACAGGCAUCAGCCCAAACCGGUGAAGGUUCGCAUGGCGGGUCUUCGCCAAUCCGCGAUCGGUGACCAGGACACAUUCAAGCGUCUCGUGGCUGAGAAGUUCGCUGAGGCCAUCAACAUCGAUUCGGAGGAGGUCCGGGUGAAACAUAUCCGUGGCGGGACGCCUCGCGCUUGA